GUCAGCAGAGCUUAUUGAGGCACAGAUAGGGAGAGAAAGAAUCAACAGCUUUUAGAUGUGAGUGGGAAGUGCAAUCUGAAAGAGGCGUCGUGAGGACACACAGAGGGGCUUCAUUCUUCACGAACCUUCCAAACAACGGUUAGCGGUUCUCCUGAAAAUCAGUCUGAUCAACUAGCAGACACAUUUGCAGGAUUUUAAUCUUCACUCCAUCCUACCUUCAUUCCUCUGUGCAGACAUCUGUGGAAGAUUUGUAAAAAAAAAAAAAAAAAACUCUUUAUUUUAAAAGAACUGCUGGGUCAUGCAGUGCUGGUUGUGUCUGAUCUGAUCUGAUCUCAGCUGAGCUGAGGUCUGGUGCCACGCUAAUGGAACUCAAGGUGUGGGUGGACGGUGUGGUGCGGGUGGUGUGUGGUCUAUCGGAGGAGACGUCCUGUCAGGAUGUGGUCAUUGCUCUUGCUCAAGCCAUAGGCCAGACGGGUCGUUACGUACUCAUCCAGAGACUGAGAGACACGGAGCGUCAACUUUUGGCUACUGAGCGUCCUCUGGAGUCACUGGCUAAACUUGGGCAGCACAGUAAUGAGGUGCAGUUCUACCUUCGGCGCACCGGCCCCAGCAGCAACAGUAGCCAUGAGCGCACUCUCUCUCUUCAUAAACCCCCUGAAACAGAACCCCCAAAACGAAACGCACCCAGAAAAUCCCUGACCUUCAGCCUAGGCCCUUCUUCUUCCCCACGCACCCGACCCAAACCGAACCGCAGGUCUCCAAAUACCAAGCACCCACCUGAGUCCAGAGCAUCUCCAUCGCCUCACACCUCCCAUCAGCCCAGUCUGUCUAGAGAGGAAGUGUUCCGGCAAGUUUUCGAGCAGCAGGAGCGACUGAAGGCACUAGAGGCUCAGCUAGAACUCCUGGAGAAGGAGACACAGGCAUGGGAUCAGCAGGAGGAAUUGGCUGUUGCAGAGCAUGUACUACUGGAAGAUGAGGAGCAGUGGGAGGAGGAGCUCAGGACUGAGAUGCAGCGUGAGAGUGCAAUGAGGAAGCAGCUGGCUGACUUAAAUGCCAAGCUGGAUGAGUGUGGUACCAGCCUGAAAAAUCUCACCACAAAAUCCACACAGCUUGAGCUGAACCUUCAGAGGGAAAGGAUUGAUGCUGAAGCUCUGUCCACACAGGAACAUACAGAAGACUCUAUGGAUGCUGUACAAAUGGAGCUCCAGAGUCAGCAGAAACAAGGAGAGGAGCUGAAGUCUGAGCUGGUGGAGACAGAAAAAGCCCUGGGAAAAGCAGAAAUGCUGCUACAGGCUAAACAGGAGCAGUUGGAUGAGCUGAAUAAGGAGCUGAGGCAGUGUAACCUACAGCAGUUCAUCCAGCAGACCGGAGUGCUCCCAGCCCAGAGCUCCUCUCGUACCGACCUCCACCAGCAGCUGGACCAACAGGAGCUAGCUCAGCUAUUGCAGGACACAUCUAUAGACAGUGACUGUCUACAGCGGCCCACAGCUAAGCAGUUUCUGGGGCAUCCGCGCAACUUGCAGCACCCCCUGGUGUCCAGCUUGAACCCUGAGGUCCUGGCAUCCAGGGAGUCAUCAUGGAGGUAAAGCCUGAAGGGCCAACAAUCUCUCCUAUUAAACCUGUGGUAUUUAACCAGUUACUGCUCUAAUGGUCCUACUCAUCUCAUCAAUGUAACAAAUAUAUAUAUGCUGUAUAUAUGACUGUACGUUUACAUUUUGUUACAUUCCAAAACAUUUAUUUACUGUAAAAUAUUACCAGAAAGAUUUAUCUAGAGAACUAUUACUUUUGUUUAUGUAUUUAAGUCUAAUAAAGACAGUGCUUUGUGUUUACA